CGUGGGCGUCCGCUGCAAUACGCGCGCUAUUUGACGUCAUUAUUUUGAUACUGACGUUAACGUGUCCAAGAGUUAUGCGUAUUUAGUCACCAUGGGUGAACAGGCAUUCAAUAUUUCCGAUGACAAUUUAGAGCAGCAUAUAGUGACAUUAUUUGAGAAAUUAGAGUGUUUGCGUAGUAAUUCUAAUGAAGCGAGUUUGGGGGGCAGAGUGCCGGCCAGGUUGGAAGUGAGGACUUUAUCACUGUGGAAAGCUGUAGUUGCUGAAUGUGCGGCGUCUUUCUUGUAUGUUUUUAUCGUGUGUGGUGCAGCAGGUGGUGCUGGUAUCGGGGCAUCUGCCUCAGCUGUGUUGCUUUCCACAGCUCUCGCUUCCGGUUGCGCUAUCGCAACAUUGACUUUAUGCUUCGCUCACAUAUCAGGUGCUCAUGUGAAUCCAGCUGUGUCAGCAGCAUUAUGUGUCCGGCGGCGUGUGUCACCGCUACGUGCAGCUCUGUACGUAGCUGCUCAAUGUGGAGGCGCCAUAGCUGGUGCAGCUGCCAUUUACGGGGUUAGCGUACCAGGUUACGCUGGUGGUUUAUCAGCAUCCUUGCCAGCUGGCGGUGGAGCGGCAUGGGAGCGCCUUGGCGCUGAACUCUUGCUGUCAGGCUUGGUGGCUGCUGCAUACUUCGCGGCCAUGGAGCGAAGAUGGACUGGCACUGCACCUGUGUUACUUGGAGCUGCCUAUUGUGCUGCAAGCUUUGUCUCUAUGCCAUCCCUAAAUCCAGCAAGAUCCCUGGGACCUUCCUUCGUCUUAUCACGUUGGGACAGUCAUUGGGUUUGCUGGGUCGGAGGCCUCGGAGGGGGGAUCGCCAGUGCCCUUCUCCACGAGUGGGCAUCCAGGAAACCACGGGCAAACUCCAACUCAAGGGCGUCGUCACCGCGGGAUCUAGAUGAGCUAGACAAGCCAGCGUUCCCUUCGCACCAUCAUUACAGACACGCGUCCACGUACUGUUCAGCUACACCACGGCCGGAUAACACGGAGCCACUGUACUCGGGAUCUAAGUCUCUUUACUGCCGGUCACCACCACCUGCAAGGCACACUCUACACAGGUCUGAUGGAUCCUCAUGUAAAAUGUCGCAGUCUGUAUACAGUAAAACCAGUGCUGCAGCACCUGGAUCGCUUGUUGCGGCUCAAUCUUUGCUUUUACGGCCUCCAACUCAUACUGUCACAAUGAACCAGAAUGUACAUAAUGCCCAGCGUGACCCGCCUUAUGGCACCAAUAUUAAUGUACGACCAGGACCAGCAGGUGCAGCUGUACAAGAACGUCGGGAGUCAGUAUACAGUGCGGGGACACGGCGGGGUCCUCUCUCGUCCGAAGACAGUGCGUAUGGCAGCUAUGGCCCCCAACAGCCUGCUUUGCCCCACGCACGUACUUUCAGGGCGCCUCUUCAUCCGGACCAUUACUAGCGGCGCGCUUCGCAGCACAAUAUUGCGCUGCUGUUUGACGUUUAGUGUUGUACGACAUGGGCUCUGACCUUCAUGCUGCAUAGUGGUGGUGACGAUGUAUAGUGCGACUUUGGGUGACGUUAUUAUGAAUAGAAAAGACGUUUACUAUAUUUUGUUGAGGCUAGAGCUGAACUUUCCUUGUGUUUGUAUAAAGUUUAUGUAAUAAUAACAAUAAUUUCUGACUUAAGAGUAAGUGUCUUCGUAAGAAACAAUUGCCGACACGACUUACUAUCGCUUUACAAACUGAAAAUAAUUCUCUUACAUUUAAACUCAAAAAAAAGUCUGUAUUUUCAUUGUUUAAAGCAUCUGUAAAUAUUAGCUGGUAACAAACAACUGAUUAAUGAAAACCGUCUUCAUAAACGUGUUUGCGUCAAAUAAUACGGAUGUCAGUUUGCGCUACGUUUCUGAAUUCUCUAGGCUUUCUCUCUCUUCAGGCUAUAUUAUAUAUGUAUACUGUACCCUUUAUUCAAGUAAAAAAGUGUUGUUAAUAUUAAAAUAGAUUUCGUAUUUUAUUAAUAGAAAAGUAUUUUUUUAAUAAGGUGCCUGAUGACCUUCUUGGAGUUGUUUAGUUAAUAUUUUGAGGUUAAACAUUUCAUUUGAGUCUUUCCAGGUAAUCGCAAAAGUAUAUUUCUAUAACAUAUCCCAUAAACUAAAUCAGUAUUAUCGGCUUAAGUAUUAGUCUUUUUCCCUCCCAUUGUGUUAACACUGUAAUGAAGAGACAGCUGAAAGUUUGAAUUUUAGCCUAACCUAACAUAAAUAUUUAAUUCAAAGACUUUCAGUGUUUCCAACAUAAAGUUACCAUUUUCUAACUAUGUCUUAAUAUUUAGUACAACGAAUUAGAUUAUACAAAUUUGUAAACAUACGUUAUUAAACUUUUUAGUCACGAAACUAAACUAUAAGACUGUUUUAAGUAAAUAACCGAUCUCUUUAACAUAGCGUCAAUGAGUACUUUAAACAAUUUCUGAUUUAGUUUCGUGAAUAAACGGAAAAUAUUCAAAGCAGAUAUUGAAUCGUCUAAGUACUUAAAUUUUUCAGAAAUAUGGGUCCUAUUAAUAACUAUGUAUAUGAGAAACUAUAAACAUUUUAGGCUAAUCUACUGGUAAUAUAAUGUACAUAAUUUUUAAUGUUCAUAAUGCGAUGAUUACCAAAGUUAUUAAAGUCAUUAAAUUAGUGUUUAUUGUUAUGUAAGUUAAACUGCACAGCCUCUACACUAUGUGUAUAAUACGGAGGUCCGUGGUUUGAAUUCUGUCGAAAUAAUAAUUGUUUUGGGUACCGACAUUACUGACACACUACAAGUAUUUAAAAUAUAAUAUUAAAUAUUUAUUUAUUAAAUAUUUUUGUUAUUAAUCUUAUUUCAUUACCGUGCCCGUGGUAGUUGGUCUAUGGUUUUUCCAAUUCUUUGAAGGUAAUUAUUAGGUUUAGAACACACAGAAUGUUGAUUUUAUUGCCUAAAUGAAUGUUGGUUCCAUUGAGAUUUUUGAAACUCAAAUAUUUCGUCAUGUAUCCAAUACUAUACCCAUUUGAUAUAACAUACUACUUAUUGAAUGCACUAACACCAUUUUCUAUAUAUUUAUAUGUGAAAGAAUGUUUGUGAUUCCUUUUUAGGGUCAACAACGUAUGAGAAUGUAAAAGACGGAACGAUGACGCGUUUAGCUUGAUUGCGGUCUAGAAGUCUAUCAAUUUUAUUCAGCGCUUAUUAAUAAAUAACUCCGCUAUAUGUGGCGAUGAAAGCGCUAAGUCUGCAUCAAUGCCCAACGUUCCUUUCGACCAAUCAAGCGAAACGCAUCAUUGUUGCGUCUUUCGUUGUACUCGUAUAUUAUAAUUAAAGAGUGGCUGGUGUCAUAUGCUCGGCGGUCGUAACCCUUUCAUAUCGCGUUUCAGUAUAUAACGACUCGCACUGAUUUUAGCGGGGAGAUUGUAGAUGUCGCUUUCAUGAUUAUUCUGAGAUAUUUAAAUCAGUUUAAUAUAUUGGGGAUGAAUACUUGUGAAUUAAGUUUUAAUAAAACUAUACAUACACAAUAAGACUGUCAUAAAUUAAUUUAAGGCUUCCAAAUAUUUG